UUCCUGCUGGGCCCCUGCCCGCGCUCGCAGAGGGAGCUGGUGCAGUUCGUGUCCGGCUGCGAGGCCCAGGCCCAGGGCCCGCCGCCCACCCCGAAGCAGGUGAUGGAGAAGUUGCUGCCCAGGAGGGUCCAGGAAGUCAUGGUCACCCGGAAGGUUACCUUGUACUGGGUGGACACCACCGAGCGGUCCAAGCUGUGGGAGUCCCCAGACCACCUUGGAUACUGGACAGUAUGUGAACUGCUCCAGCACCUGGGGGGCACCGUCUUGCCGUUGGAGACUUUGAGCCCGGAUGGUACGAAAGCUGGGGAGACCCUGUUCUCACGUGAGCCUCACCCCUCCUCGUGGGUGUCAGCUCUGCCAACAGACUCCAUCUUAAACUGUGUGCUCUAUAAUUCUCCUGAGUAUGAAGCCUCAUUUCCACGGACGGAAGGAACGUUAUUUCUCCCUGUUGAAGGCAAAGAGACUCAAGAAGCAUGGACAGUCAUCCUAGAGCCCUUGGCCGUGCAUCAGAGACAUUUUCAGAAACCAGUCAGAAUUUUCCUGAAAGGCACGGCCACCCAGUGGUCUCUCCCCACGAGUGGCACUUUGGGCACUGAUAGCUGGAUGCUGCAGAGUCCAGAGGAGAAUAAGUCAGCCCACAGGACGUUGUUUCAGCAGCUGGUCCACAGGCUGACUGCCGAAGAGUUACAUCUGGUCGCCAGUGUGGACCCCGGUGACGGCUGGCCCCCCGUCACAGGCGUUAUUUCCCCCCUCUCUACCAACACUACGGUUCUCACCGUGUUUCGCACUGAGGAGGCUACAUUUCAGAGGCGUUUCCUCCAAACAGCUGUGGCUGAGAACCCCCUGGACACCGCGUCCCUUUGUUCCGAUGUUAUGGGUGUCGUACUGAGUCCGACCCCCUGUUUGUUGGAAGACCCUACCACCUCCGCUCCUCCCUGUCCAGAGUGGGCCCAGCAGGAGCUCGGCCGCACCGCGCCCUGGAGAGCUGCUGUUGCCGAGAGCUGGUUUCCCUGCUCCAACCUCAGUGGCGCCAGUUCGAAUUUGAUGGAGUCAUUUUGGCUGCUGCAGGCUGCCUCGCCCACUAAGGAAGAGUCUUCCAAGACUGAGAGUGAGUUAACACGCCGCCUGGCCGAGCUCUACCUGAGAAGGUCUCGUGAGGAGCCCGCCGUGGCUAACCAGGAAGACAGCAGAAAGAAACGAGGCGUCCCUCGCACGCCAGUGCGGCAGAAGAUGAAGACCAUGUGCCGCUCCUUAAAGAUGUUGAACGUCGCGAGGCUGAACGUCAAGGCUCAGAAGCUGCAUCCAGAUGGCAGUCCAGAGGCCGCUGGGGACAGGGGGACCCAGCAGACAGCGGGCGGGAGAACAGCGGGUAGAUUGGAGCACAGAGGAAGGACACGAAGAAGCACCAAACCUAAAGAUUUUAAAACUGAAGAGGAGCUACAAUCUUACAUACAUGAAAAUUACCAGAAGACUAUGGCCACAGGAGAAACCGUGUUGUAUUCAUGUGCUCAGAACAUGAUCUCAACCAUUAAAGCAUUUCUCAAGUCCAAAGGCACCAAGGACUUAGAGAUGAACUGCCUGCAUCAAGUCAAAAAUAACCUCUUAAGAACUAGCAAAAGUCUUAGACAAGAUAUAGGAAAAAACCGGGAUAAAGAGGACAAAAUCAGAGAGUGCCAGCUGCAGGUGUUUCUCCGUUUGGAGAUGUGUGUGCAGUGCCCGUCGAUACGUGACAGCAUAGAUGACGUGGAGCAGCUGGUGGAGGAGGUGGCGGAUUUGCUGCGCAUGGUCUGUUUAACUGAGGACUCGGCAUACCUGGCGACGUUUCUGGAAGAAAUUCUGGGAAUGUACAUUGACUCCAUCCCGAAGACGCUGGGGCAACUGUACGACAGCCUGGGCAUUGUGGUUCCUCAGAAGCUGGCGGGGGUCCUGCCGACAGACUUCUUCAGCGACGACUCCGUGACACAGGAGGGCAAGUCGCCGCUUUCCUCCGUGCCUCUCAUGGCCAGUGGCGGCAGGUCAGCGCCGGGCGGCACGGACUCCGACCAGCUGGAGGAGCUGCGUACCCGGUCGGCUAAGAAGAGAAGGAAAAAUGCAUUAAUAAGACACAAAAGCAUUGCGGAGGCCUCACAGAAUCGUCGACAAAUUGAAAUCCCCAAAGUGUCCCAGAAACCCGCGAGAAACGUAAGUUGUUUCCCCGAGACAGGAAAUGGCGCCAGAGACCUAGUCCUUCUGCUUUCAGAAGUGACCAAAGUUCGAAGAAAUCUCUUCACCCAGGAAAUUUCUCCUUCAAAGAGACCGGCGAAGCGGGGGCUGCCGAGAAGCCACUCCGUGUCGGCCGUGGAAGGCCUGCGGCACCAGCUGGACAGCGUGGGCAGGACCAGAGGGCAUCCCAGGCUGCUGACCAGGACUGUGGCCGAGACCCCGGAGCACAAGCAGGUCUCCGGGCGGCUGCUGCACCGGCAGAUCAAGGGCAGGUCCUCUGACCCUGGUCCUGAGAUCGACGUGGUUGAGGAGUCCCCGGAGAAAGGUGACAAGGUGAGUCUGAGAAGAAGCCCUCGCAUCAAGCAGCUGGCACUCGGCAGGAGGAAAUCUGGUCCCUUCUAUUCUGCGUCUCAGCCGCAGCCUCGAAGUGUGCAGAGGGUUCACUCGUCUCAGCAAAGCUGGUCAGGCCAGAGAGGAUCUCCUCCCCUCCCGAGGAUUCGGUCUCCGAAGACGCUGCUUUUCGGGGCCGUGUCCGAGGUGGUCAGGCCCUCGGAGGAGGGUGCGGCUCGACGUACAGGUCCUUCCGGAGACACGGUGGCCUCUGAGAUGCCGACAGCUUACCAGACGCCUAAGAAGAGUUCCUGGAAGCCUCCCUGCUCUCCGAGAGCUACGCCCCAAAGGCCCCCUCGUGCCCCUCGCACGCCGCAGACUCCCCUGUGCUCCCCCCAGAGGCGGCAGAAGCCCUGUGCAGCCCGGACACCUGCCAGACAGGGGCUGUUUCAGUCCCCUAAGGACUCCGCGCCCCACGGCCGCCAAUCACCUUCUCUGCCCACAGCCUCUCCGCUCGGACGCCCCCUGCCCGAAGGCGGCGCCUCUCCCUUGGGAACGAGCCCGAGAACUCCCCGAAGGCCGGGCGGCCAGCCCCUGGGGCUUCUGCAGAGCCCUCCCUGGCUGCCCUCAGUGGCUUCCAGUCCAGAAAGCACCCUGUGUCUGGCAGCCUGGGGGGUGCCCAGAGAAACUGCCCGCGUGGCUGCACCUCCGACUCAGAAGCCCCAGCACCCCCACCACCUCAGAGCCUCUUGGGGUGAGGAACCGGCACAGAGAGGGAGAGAGAACGCUGGCAGAACCCCGACAAGACCAGGGGACACAGCCGAGCCCGCUUCCCCGCCGGUGUCUCCUCUCGCCUCCCCUGCAGGUGGCAUUCCCGAGAGUCCCCCCAGGACAGCCUCGGCCGAGUCCCCUCACCCUGGACAACUGGACGGGAGAGAGCCCCCCAGGACCUCAGGGCGAGCCAAGCCUGACGCCAGCCCCUGCUCCCCCCCUGAAGGGGGGACGAGGCUGGGAAACACCUCCAGUCCCGAGAGGGGCUCCCUGGAGGGCCAGCCCCAUCCCUGCACCGCUCCUGCCCACGGCACGGACACUAGGAGGCAGCAGCAGGAGGGGGGCCCCUCUCCGCCCUCUGAAGGGCACGGUGACCCGGGGCCUGGCUGCAGGACCGGCUGGCACACGUCCUCCCCUGUGCUCGCUGCAAGUGACACGGAGCCCCUCCCUGUCCCGGGCGAAGCUGAGGACAGGAACAGCUACAGUGCUCCCGUGGGAGACGGCGAGGGGUUAAGGCCGGCGGUUGCUGGGGAGCAGCCUCCUGAUCCUGGGACUCCUCCCUCUGCGCCCCCCUCUCCCCGCACAGGCACGGACCUGGAGCUCGGCCUCCACAAGACUCGCAUCCUGGGGGACUUUGAGCUCGAGGGGGUGUGUCAGCUGCCAGACCAGUCCCCUCCCGGAGCCGGAGAUGGGGAGCCUGGGUCCGAGGAUGCCUCCCCCUGGGGGCCGCCUGGGAGGGGCUCCAGGAAGAGGCUGCUCUCAGCUGAGGACGCCGAG